AUGGGAGUGCACGAUUUGUCAAGAAUCAACACCUUACUCGACAGAUUGACGCUGGAGUCACUUUCUUUGAUGGAGCAACACAUCGCGGUGAAAAUCGAACUGGAAAAGUGCAUGGUAGGCGGCGAGAGUCACGUUACUAAAGCGCGUUACAUCAUGGGGCAUCAGCAGGUGUCUCAGCUGCAACUUCCAAAUGAAGAUUGCAAUGAGUUCCAAGCCAUGGGAGUGGUCCAUCAUGAUUCUGACAACAAAGAUAUUAUAAAAGACAAUUUAUUUGAUCUGGAGUUCAAGACAGUGGGCAAACGGUCGGAGGCAGAUGAUGUAGCACUGGUUGUGAAUCCAGUUCAAUGGUUUGGUGUUCUAGUGCCCCAGAGUUUGCAUUUAGCUCAAGAGAAAUUCAAACAAACACUGCAUUGGUCUAUUAAAUCCGUAAAUGUACAGCAGAAACUUUCAGAUUGUUUAAUGACGAUUGCGAAAUUAAAUAAAUUAAUAAAUUAA